UUUGAUUUUCUUGACCAUGUAACAAAUAUUGAAAAUUUGUGUCCUCAAUUGGUAAUGUCAAGGGCCAAUGAUUUUGAGAUGGAGAGAAAUAGUUAGCAACUGCCUAUGGCUACACUUUCUCACUGUCUUCCCUCCAUUACCAGCCAGCAUCGUCGACUGGUCUUCCGGUUCAAACACCGGCCGAUUCAAUGCUCAGCAGCUGCUGAACGCCAGGCGCUUUUUAACCGUAUCGCUCCUGUCUAUGAUAAUUUGAAUGAUUUGUUUAGCUUGGGAAACCAUAGAAUAUGGAAAAGAAUGGCGGUUUCAUGGAGUGGGGCAAAAGAAGGAGAUAAUGUGUUGGAUUUAUGUUGUGGAAGUGGGGAUUUGGCUUUUCUCUUGUCCGAGAAAGUUGGACCCAAUGGCCAGGUGACAGCUCUUGAUUUCUCGAAGGAGCAAUUACAAAUUGCUGCAUCUCGCCAGCGAAUGCGAUUUAAGCCCUGCUACAAGAAUAUUAAGUGGGUUGAAGGAAAUGCAGUUGACUUACCAUUUUCUGACUCUUAUUUUGACGGCAUUACAAUUGGCUAUGGGUUAAGAAAUGUGGUAGAUAGGCCGAAAGCGAUCGAGGAGAUGUGCAGAGUUCUAAAGAAAGGUUCAAAAGUAUCUGUUCUCGAUUUUAACAAAAGCACUCAUCCAAUUGCCAUUUCAUUUCAGGAUUGGGUGAUUGAUAAUGUGAUAGUUCCUGUUGCAAGUGGGUAUGGCCUUGGUAGUGAGUAUGAAUACUUGAAGAAUUCAAUCAAGAAAUAUCUGACAGGAGAUGAGUUGGAAAAGAUAGCUUUAGAAGCAGGAUUUUCCACUGCCAAACAUUAUGAGUUUAGCGGAGGAUUGAUGGGCAAUUUAGUAGCUUCACGAUAAGAUCAGUUGUUUCUUCAGACUGCUUCCUUUCAAGCGGGUUGAUUUACAUGCUCUGGCUUGCUACUUCUGAAGGGAUAUACAAGCAUCUCUUGCAUAGUUGUUUAGGUAAUAAGUCUGAUUGGCAUCUGUCCUGUUACAAAUAUAAUUUUAUCUGAUCCAGGUAAUUUCUUGAGAUAAAUCAAUACUAAGUUUCAGUUAUGCUGCAUGACAUUGAUAUGUUGAGUACAUUUUGUUUAGAAUGUGAUAAAGAUUUCUGUCUGAGGGAGCUUAAAGCAA